CAGAUAAGCCGGAAAAACAAUUUCACAAUGCGACAAUCUGCCACAGAAACACAUCUCUCGAAUCUCAAAUCUCUGCGGUUAGUCGAUGUGCCUUUCGGUGACAUCAGUCGACUGUUGAAUCUCAAAGUGUGCAGUGCCUAAGAUGUCGCAGACUAAGAUACAAAUCACAACGAAGGAGAAGCCCAAGGAAGAGUGGGGCAAUGGGCUGGAGUUUCUCUUCUCGUGCAUCUCGUUGUCAGUGGGCUUGGGAAAUAUCUGGCGAUUUCCCUACAUUGCUUUUCAAAAUGGUGGCGGCACCUUUGUCAUACCCUAUUUGAUUGCCUUGCUCGUAAUUGGACGUCCCGUUUACUAUUUGGAGAUUUCGCUGGGACAAUUUCGUGGCAGCGGCGUGCUGCGUGCCUUUGAUCUGGCGCCCAUACUCAAGGGCGUGGCAGCGGGUCAAGUGUUGGCCACCGGCGCCUCCAUCACAUACUAUUCAUGCAUAAUGGCUUUGACGCUGCGCUUUCUGUUGGCCUCGUUCAGCUCACAGCUGCCCUGGAGCAGCUGUCAAGAGAGUUGGGGCAACGUUUGUUACGAUGGCACCAACUCUACCCUCAAUGCCACUGGCAAAAUGUCGCCUGCUCAGCUCUACUUCGAACGUGAAAUACUGCACGAGUUGCCCAACAUUGACAAUGGCUUGGGCAUGCCCAAUUGGCAGCUGGUUGCCUGUCUUGCGGUUGCCUGGCUGAUCAUUGGUGGCGUCCUCAUACGUGGCAUCAAGAGCAGUGGCAAGGCUGCUUAUUUUCUUGGCGUCUUUCCCUAUGUGGUGCUCCUCAUCCUGCUGCUGCGUGCUGUGACGCUGCCUGGUGCCUGGGAUGGAAUUGUGUACUUCUUUAAGCCACAGUGGCGAGAGCUGCUCAAUCCUUUAGUUUGGUAUGCGGCUGUCACGCAGGUCUUCUUCUCGCUGGCCAUUUGCUUUGGCACUCUGAUCACUUACGCCUCGUAUAACAACUUUAACCGAAAUGUCUAUAACGACAUUGUCAUCAUUACCACCAUGGAUUCUUGUUCCUCCAUAAUCGCUGGAUGCAUCACAUUCGGCAUACUGGGCAACUUGGCCAAACAGACGGGCAUCACGGACAUUGCGAGCGUGGUGAAGGGCGGCGCUGGCUUGGCCUUCAUCUCGUACCCGGAUGCCAUUGCCAAGUUCGAGUAUGUGCCACAGAUGUUCGCGGUCCUUUUCUUCCUCAUGCUUUUCGUCUUAGGCAUCGGCAGCACUGUCGGCAUGGGCUCCUGCAUUCUGCGCGUCAUACGCGACCAGUUUGGUAAAAGAUCGGGCCCAAGUUGGGUGCUGGCUGGCGGUCUGGCAACGCUGGGCUUUUGUGUGGGCAUCGUUUACAUGACACCCGGUGGACAAUUCAUCCUCAAUCUGGUCGAUUUCUAUGGUGUCUCCUUUACUGCAUUGAUUCUCGCCAUUGGCGAACUGCUCGCCGUCGCCUGGCUUUAUGGUGUGCGACGCUUUUGCGCUGAUAUCAAGUACAUGAUGGGCAUCGAGACCGGCUGGUAUUGGCGCAUCUGUUGGGCUUUUAUUACGCCUGGACUGAUGACCGCCGUCCUUGUCUAUAUGCUGUUCGACAUGUCCGCCCUCACGUACAAGGGCGUGGCAUAUCCUCGACUCGCACACGUGUUUGGCUGGUGCCUGUCUGCUUUUGGUCUGCUGCAGCUGCCCGGUUGGGCCUUGUACGCUGUCUACCAGCGCCGCAAACAAACCGCAAACAGCAGUUUGUGGCAGCGGAUACGCGCAGCUUGCCAACCCGAUGAGAGCUGGGGACCCGCCAAUGCACAAGUGCCACUCGAAUAGCUGACGUUGCGUAUACGCAAUGUGUUUGUUUUAGUAGAGAGAGCAAGUGCUUAGUUUAGAGUUUAGAAUGCGUACAAUAAAAUUGCACACUUUUGGCAUUGGCCAUAAAAGCACUAAAAAUACGGGAAUGCGGGAAAUAAAUUGCGUUUUGUGCGGGGGAGGCAAAAGCAGUCAGCACAUUAACUCAAAUGGUUGAGAAGGAUGAGGAGAAUGGGAAAAGGAGGCAGCUGCCACGAGCAGGCAAAGAGAGCGAGUCAACCGAGUGUAUAGCAAUGCUUUUAAUUACCCCAGGGCGCAGCCUGUGCCACAUCAUGCAGCAUGCGGCAUGCAACAUAGAAGUCAAUGGGCGGACAGCAAGUGCAACUGCAACUGAAGCUGAAGCUGCGCUUUGUUGUGUGUGUUUUUUGUGUGUGUGCUUGAAAUGCCAGACAUGUCGGCAAUGCGGAAAUGCGCAAAUAUCAAAUGAAAACAAGCGACUAAAGUGAACGGAACGUAAAUAAAACAUUUUCCUAGCUGUUGUUCAACGUGCUCAUUUAGUCAGUGUGCGACAGAGGCAGCGCGCGAGAGAGAGAAAGAGAGCGAGAACGAGAACGAAAGGGAGGCAGCGAGUGAGUUGUGAAGUUGCGCUGCUGCUGGGCAACAAAUCAAAAUGGCGUUCAGUUCACAUACAACUGUACAAGUAUCCAUCAUUGUAUUGGUGAAUGCGUAUGUGUGCGAGUGUGUGUGUAUGUGUCAGAGUGUGUAUCAGUGUGUGUGUGAGUGACAAAGUUGAAAUGUAAAUAUGCAAAAGCGAAGCGUGCGAAAUGUUAUUCAGAGUUUGUCGUCCAUUUUGCCAGUGCAACGCUUUCAGCAUAUGACAACAGUGUGUGUGCGUGUGUGUGUGUAUAUAUGUGAGUAAUGUGUGUGCGUGUGUGUGUGUUGUUGCGCGCAUCAGUUGUCAAAAAGUGACAGUGUUAAAUUUUUUCAUUUACCCCCAGCUCCUUCGCUUUUAACCCAGCCAGGCUAACGGCCUUUUGUUGUUGUCGCUUUUAUUUGCAAUGCAGACACCAACAACAAUAACAACAACAACAAAGAGAAUAAGAAGCAGAAGCAGAGAGACAGCAAGUACAACAACAAAUUGAAGUGUAUGUUGACUUUGACUGACGCGUUGUUAGCCGUGAAGUGUGUGUGCCCAGCGACGUCACAGCCAACUGGCAUUGCGUGCCUUUCUUGGCUGACACACCCACAGCAACCAACACACACAAACACACACACAUAGCAAUAGACGCCACUUUUGGCGGCGUCUCAUAAUACCCUGUAUCAAAAAGUUGCCGCAAAAGAGCUAAAGUACAAACUUAGUGAAAAGAAACCAUUGUGAAUAUAAUUUACAGGGUAUCUCCCAACAGAAAACAAUUAUUGAAACAUAUAAAUAUUAAUGAGUCUUUAAUUAUGAUAUAGACUACCUACAUUACUUCUCUCAAGUGUGCCUUUAGAGAGUAUCUUUUAAUUGCUUUUAAUUAAUUAUUAAUGCAGAACUAAAGAAACUUUUUUGAUAUCUAACUUUCACUUUUCUACUUACGCUAUCUCUUGCUCUACAAAUUAUUUGAAAAAUAAUGUUAAGCAAAUUGGCCAUUAUUUUCCUCGAAAUAGGCAACUAAAUAAAUGCCGAGUUAUCUGCACAUAAUUAAUAAUUUUCACAUUCAUUCAUUUUAUAGCAUACCUAGAAGUUGUUUUAAUUUAAAUGUAUUAAAUAUAUUAACAAGCUCACUGCUUGUAAAAUCUAGAGGAAAUUUUUGUCUAUGAAUAAGAAGAAAAUUUCAAAUUUAUCAAAGCUACUAUUUCUAAUCUUUAUAUAUGUAUAACUAUAACUUUAAAAUGUGUAUUUGCUGCAGAAAAUACGAGGUGUGUUCAAAAAGUAAGGUGACUUUGUAUUUUGAAAAAAAAAAUAAUUUAUUUAUUUAUCAAUUUUUACGUUGUCCCCUUCAAAGUAAUCAAGAUAAUUGUAUAUUUAGCAAAUUAUGAAUAAUAUUUGGAAUCGGCUUAUAAAUUCAGGAGUAAUAUUUUCAGUGAAGAGUAACUUCUAUACUAUA